UUCAUUAUCUUUUUUUUUUCUCCUUUUGCUCUUCAUUAUCAACCUCUUUUUAUUAUUUUAUCGUUUCCCAUAUAUUUUCUGACAGUUAAAUUUAUCAUCGAUGGGCGGAACCAUUUCCAGAGCAAAGCAUCUUAGUCUGAAAUCUUUUAGCACGGGUCACGUUGAACCUCAUCCUCAUCAACGCCACACUCACCCAACGCCAAAGAUUCAUUCUCAACCGGCUCAACCUUCCGUGACGCCUUUAGAAAAGAAAACCAAGAAAAACAACGCAAAAGGAAGUCAAGCACGCCGACGCAAGAAAAACAGGAAAGCCGGUAGUGUGUCUGUGCGCAAGAAACCCAAAUACAAGAAAGUCACCAAGAGCAUCAUUGGCAAGCCGACAAAUUUCAAGCAUACAGGCCAUAUGGGCGGAGACGAUAUCCUUUCCGGUCAAUUUGAUGUUCAGCUGUUCUCUACCCAAAUGCAGGACAUUGCUGCUCAGAUUAAUGCUCCCGAAUAUAAAGUUUCUACGGUGACUUCAUCACCUGCCUCUAUCCGUCGAUCCACAUCCACGUCUAUACGAAAGCGUACACAACAAAGAAAAGGUGUUCGCCAUCACGCUAAUCUUGCUCUCAUGAAGCCCCUCUUGGUCGAGGCACCUUCUGUGACAGUCUAUUAGUCAUGUCUUUCUGUAUCUUUUACCAACCACUCCCCCCUUUGCUGUAUUUUAUCUUUGAUGUCAUGUAAUAUAAUUUGUAUAUUUAUCAUUGUUAUUUUCAAACCACCUAUUUUUAUAAAGCUGUCUAUCGCUGGAUUGAUAAAAAAGAA